UGAAUGUUAUUCCGUUUCAGGACCCACAGCCUGUUGCAGUGUUUUACAUUUCGAGUCCUCAUUUCGUUUAAUAUUUUAAUUUCAGUUGCACGUAACGAUUAGUCGACUGUAGCUGUGAUGUCUCUCGUCCGGAACGUAAGGAACGUACUGCGUAUCAGUUCAGCGUACAAGUCACCGUUAUUAUGGACUCGCUCAAUGUCCUCCACACCAGUGCCCUCGCAGCCAGGAGCACCGAAACCUAAGCCAGUUAGUGGUGAUCCGGCAAUGGGUGAUCGAGCUACGCACAAACCAGAUAAUUUAGAGAGAAGAUUCCUUGUUUGGACAGGUAGAUACAAGACAAUUGAUGAUGUGCCCGAGUAUGUGAACCAACAAACAAUGGAAAGAACCCGCAACCAAGUCCGCAUUAAAGGUGCCAAUAUAAUGAUUCUGUUGACGAUAAUGGGAUGCAUCUAUGCGGUGUACAGCGGCAAAAAGGCAGCUGAGCAGGGCGAAUCGGUGGAAAAGAUGAAUCUCGAUUGGCACAAAAAAUACAAUGAGAGCAAGACCAAGUCAACAUAGUGGCAGCGUUGGAACCGAACGAAUCUGUAGAGGAACGGGACCGACGACACUGUUGUUAUAAUUCUCAAGUUUAAUUUGCAAAAAUAUAAAUUCAGUCCGAUGGUGGAUGCAGUCGUAGU